AUGGAAAUUGUUGCAAAAAAAGUAAAGGAAGAAAAAGAGUUUAGAAUUAUUUGUUCAGAAGAUUUUAAUGCGACGCUUGCUGCAAAAGUCAGGAAGGCCUUUUCUCUUCCGGGGGUUUAUCCAGAAGUUGUUGAAAAUUACACGAACAAAUUCUUGCAAAAAGAACUUUUGCAGAAAGCAGGGAUUCCCAUCCCUCAAUAUUUCGCUCUGAAUAUUUUAAACCCUGUCGAAAAAGCAGAAAUUGUUUUUAAAGAUGCACAAGAAAGGUUGGGUAUUCCUUUUAUCAUCAAACCUCGCGAUCUUUAUGGAACAAUUGGUGUUGCGAAGAUAUCCUCGAUGGAGGAAUUAAAACACUAUUUUCAGUGUAAUGACCAUUACCAGGAAUUUAUUUUAGAAGAAUAUAUAGAAGGACAGCUCUAUCACUGUGAUCUUUUUUGUCAAGAAGGCAAAUAUCUUUUUUCAGAGGCCUGUGAGUAUACAUUUAAUGGACUCUCUUUUGUGAAGGGGAAAAAUCAUGGCAGUAUGCCUUUGCAAAAAGAAGACCCCUUAAGAGAAAAAAUUAUUCACUUCUGCCAAAAGGCAAAUAACAUUUUGAGUCUUUUGGAUGGAUGUAGCCAUCAUGAAGUUUUUGUAACACUAGGUAAUGAGAUCGUUUUCUUGGAGUCAGGACCAAAGCCUCCUAGGUCUUUUGUGCCUCUCAUAUAUAAAAAGAUGUUUGGAAUAAACCUUUUGAAUCUCUCUCUUCUAGCAGAAGCAGGCAUAAAGAUUAAAAUGGAAUAUCAAAAUAGGGAACCUCAUUUUUGGUGUAUGUUUCCUAAGAAGAAGGGGAUAGUUGCGCGAUUGUUUAUGCCAAAACUUAAGAGCAAAAUUGUGGAAUUUAAGUGGUAUGUACAGCCAGGGCAACGUAUUAAUAACUCCCGUUGGACAGUGGAUCGUGCCGGGUUUGCAAUUGUUUCAAAUAAAGAUUACGCAAACCUUAAAAAUGAUUUUCAGGUGAUGAAGCAGUUUGCGCCCUAUAGCUUAGAAGAGGCUAAGAUAGCGAUUUAA